GCUCCCAACAUUAGCACAUUGUAUGCUUAUGAAUUUGAACACGAGAUAACAGUAACAUUAACUUCCUGGAACAUGAUAAGAUUACGAGUAUACUGUCGUUACCUUGACAAGAACGGGAACGAAAUUGGUACCCCUUAUGAGAGUUUCACAUAUCCAGAAUAUAUUGUAAACUGUCCAAAAAGGAAAGGAACUCAGAAAAUUGGUUUAAGUGUGACUCAAAAUGGAGAAUUUGUACCAUUACCUCUAGUAGAUAGAAUGCUGAAAAAACCAAAGUAUGAGCUAUCAAUGUGUGUGGCUACAAUCUACGGGGAGGAGCCUAAAUGGUUGUUGUUUAUAGAAAUGGUGGAGCAUUUUAAAUUACAGGGUGUCCAACAUUUCUAUCUGCACAUUCAUCAUGCGUCAAAUUACGAUUUAAAAAUGAUAAAUGAUUAUGUGAGAACUGGUGAAGUGGAAAUUCAUUAUCUCCUGGAAAGAGAUAAGCGAACUGAUAAUCACUGGCAUAUGGUCAACAUAGCGGACUGCCUAAUUUGGUCCCGUGGAGAAUCCAAAUGGACCAUUUUCGCCGACUUGGACGAGCGAAUUCUGAUGACAGAGUAUCCGGGAACAAUUCUGGAUUAUAUGAGAGAAAUUCGAAAUGAGUCAAUUGGAGGGGUUCAGUUUCGACAGCAAUGGGUGCUGAAAACAGAAUUGAUGCCAGAGAAGUAUGAAUCGGGUUCUCAGAUUGACACAUGGAUGCCCACCCAUCGAUUUCAUAACUCUACGGGAAUCGGUCCAGUCGGGCACACUGCAAAAUGUAUUGUGGACACUUCAAAAGUUUUCAUUAUGUGGGUCCAUAGUGUUACCGAAUUCUUCCCUGGAAAAGGAUACCAUCUACACGAAUUGGCCCCCGAGGAGGGGUUGGUCAGACACUAUCGAGACCAAAAUCUUGGAAAGUGGGGGAAGAUCUGGUUGAAUUCUACACUCAAGUUUGGUCCAUUACGAAUGACGGAUUAUCCCAAAAAGUAUUUGGGGAAAUUGACGACAAAUGUGAAGAGAAGGGCAAGAUAUGUUUAUGGAAAUCGAUUU